CAAAACAUAAAGGAGUCGUGGUUUUUGAGGUUUUUUCGUAGAAUUGAAUUGGGCUUGGAAGAUGUCAAGUCUAAAGACAUUUAUAAAAGCCGUCCGGGCGUCGAAAACGACAGCGGAAGAAAACAGUGCAAUUCGUAAAGAAUCGGCACAAAUACGUAAAAACAUUCGCCAGGGAUCAGCGGAUACGCGAAUGCGAAGGAGAAAUGUUGCAAAAUUAUUGUAUCUCUAUUUGUUAGGAGAGCCGACGCAUUUUGGACAAAUCGAAUGUUUAAAGUUGCUUUCAAGUGCCCAAUUCAUGGAUAAACGAUUGGGAUACCUGGGUGCUAUGCUGUUGCUAGACGAAAAUCAAGAAGUCUUGACCCUGCUCACGAAUUCUCUCCAGCAAGAUUUACAAUCACCCAACAAAUUCAUCGUUAGUCUUGCAUUGUCGGCUUUUGGCAACAUCGCCAGUCCUGAAUUAGCCCGUGAUCUUUCCAAUAUUAUCUCCAAGCUUUGUUCCAGUUCACAUAACUAUGUCAGCAAAAAAGCCCUUUUAUGUGCUUUACGUGUUGUACAGAAAGAGCCAGAGUUGGCUGAUCUGUAUAUUCAUAACACUGAAGACCUUCUUGAUUCCAAAAGUCAUGGUGUUUUAAUGUCCGCUAUUUCAUUCGUGAUGGGGUUGUGUAAAAUUAAUCCAAACCUGAUUCCCCGUUUUGCCCAGCAUACCGAUGGCCUUAUUCACCGUCUCCGUCAACUUUCUACCAACACUUAUUCAUCGGAACUCAAUAUCGGCAAUGUUUCAGAUCCUUUUUUGCAAAUUAAAAUCUUACAGAUCCUAUCCGUUUUCGCACAACACGAUCCUUCCAUCAAUGACCGCAUCAGUGAUAUUUUGGCUCAAGUUUGUAGUAAUACUGACUCUUCUCGAAAUGCAGGAAAUGCAAUCCUUUACCAAGCGGUUCGUACCAUUCUAGAUGUUAAUUCUGAUAGCAGUCUUCGUGUUUUGGGUGUCAACAUCCUUGCAAAAUUUUUAGGAAAUCGUGAUAAUAAUACUCGCUACGUCGCUCUCAAUAUGUUGAAGCGCGUCGUCAAUACAGAAGAGAAUGCUGUUCAACGUCAUCGUUCUACUAUUCUUUCGUGUCUUUACGACGUUGACAUCUCCAUUCAAGCUCGUGCUUUAGAACUUUCUACUUUCCUUGUGAACGAAACCAACGUCCGAUUUAUGGUACGCGAACUUCUAACUUAUUUGGAUACCGUAUACGACGAUAUACGCUCAAAAACUGCCCAAUAUAUUACGGAGGUCACGAACGCUUUUGCUCCAAACAAACGAUGGCAUUUUGACACCCUUUUACGUGUAUUCAAAAGUGCCGGUAAUUUCCUUUCCGAGUCUGCCCUUUCAACUUUUCUACGACUGAUCGCUAGUGCUCCAGAUCUUCAUGAGUAUGCUCUUUUUAAACUUUAUGCUGCUUUGAAGAGUGACAUGUCCCAGGAAGCUUUAACCCUUGCCGCGUUAUGGGUCAUUGGAGAGUAUGGCCAGUAUCUGUUAUCUCCCUCCAUGAAUUUUGACGACGAUACUUUGCCAAAAAGCAUAUCUGAAGACGAUGUUUUGGACCUUAUUGAGGAAGUAUUGAUAGGGACGAACUUCGCACAAGCUACUAGCAUUCAAUAUGGGCUUAAUACUUUAAUUAAACUAAGCACUCGUUUUCAAUCAUCUUCUUCGUUAUCCAGACUUCAAAGGCUUAUCGAAUUUUACAAUAAGCAUAGAAACACGGAAGUUCAGCAGCGCUCAGUCGAGUACCAAUAUGUCAUUCAAGAUCCUUCAUUAAACCGCACCGUGAUGCAACCCAUGCCCGCACCUUCUCCACCAGCACGAAUUACCCCUUACCAAAACGCUGAACAUAAAUUAAACGCAUCUAAAAAACCAAUAGAGGAAAUGGAAGAAACGAAUGACCUUUUGGACCUUAUCGGUUUAACUAGUACUUCCCAACCCCAAACCCUUGUCGAUGAAACUCCGUCUGUUAAUGUCGGUGCAACGUCUGAUCUCGCAGAAGUAGCUCCAGCACCGAAAAAGAGUCAAGUUGACGACAUUUUGGGGUUAUUUAGUGCUCCAGCACCAGUACCAACACCUGCGAAUGCAACUGAUACUUUGGCAAGCAGUAUCGCUUCAUUGGAAGUGGGUGGCAAUAACAUGUUGGACUUGUCACAGACAAGUUCUGUUCCUCAAAACAAACAAUACGAGCCUCUUCUUGUAUAUGAUAAACACGAUGUAACGUUGACAUUGUUUCCUUCGAAAGACGAAGUUACCAAAACCGCAAUUUUAGAAGCCAGAUUUAAGAAUACAAGCACAAUAUCGAGAGUCGAAAAAGUGCAUCUUGAAAUUGCUGUUCCAAAAUCACAAAAACUACGACUUCAACCUCUUCGGUCAACGAGUUUGGAACCAGGAAUGGAGACUUCCCAGACUAUGCGAAUCCAAGGACCUAAAGGUACUCAAGUCAAGUUGAGGUUGCGAAUUUCUAUAACUCGACAAGGCAAUGCUGGUAUUCUAGAUCAAGUCGAUUUUGGCAACUUACCUUCCGAUCUUUUAAGUUAAACUCGCUAUUUAUGGUUUGCAUUGUACAAUCUUUUGUAUUUUGCGGUUUCAAUAAUCAUGAACUUUAUAAUGGCUAACGAAUUUCUCAACCUGUUGAUAAUGGUAACCGCAUGAGUCAAUGGCUGGAAUUUAUAAAAAAUUUUCUUUUAGAUAUGCUUACGAAAAGGCUUAGAAAAUGCAAAUGAAGGUAUGAACUUUCGUAUUGAUCAUUAUUUUAGAAGCAUAAAAUGAACAUAAUGAAAUGAGACUGGAAGACUACACUAAAAAAAGAUAAUCAGUAAAGCUUGAGUUGUAUCGAGGACAACAGGUUCUCUACGCCGUAUGUUCAUGUUCUUGUUCUUGUUCCUGUUGUUUUUUCUUUUCUCUAUCAGCAAUCGUUUGUCGAAUAUAAUAUGCUCGAGCAUUUUGGUUUCUGGGCUCCAAGACUGCCAUCCUCUCUUUUAAGUCUCUUUCCAAAUCCCAAGUAGGCUUCUUUGGCCUUAAUGUUGUUAAGUCUAAUUCUUCCUCAGGUAUGCUUUCUUGCUCUUGAAUCUUUCGUUUCGUUUCGUUUUCUAUGUCCCUCGAAAUAGUUUCAACUGUAACGUCUGCCGUCGGGGGUUCAACGAAUCCCAUACGGGGAGCUUGUGUCUCUGGAUCAUAAUUGCGAUGCGUUAUCAGCUCUUCUUUUCUCUCUCCUUCAGGAGCUUCUUUGAUGGUUUGUGAUUCUUUGAUCUUUCGCAAUUCGCGCAAUCGUUGUUUUCUCAAUUCUGCCGAUUCAUCCAACGAAGACAUUUUUUAUUAAUUCUAAUGUGAUCAAAAACGUAGUUAUUAUUUAAGAAUAAAUCAUAUAUGUCAUAAACGCCCGAUCAGAGUUUUUAGAAGAACGUCAAGGUUUUACCUAGAAAAGAAAGAGUGCUGACUUCUUCACUUAUAUGAGUAGCAUCAAUAGAAAAUAACUAUAUAACAAGCCUUCUCUUCUAUUUUCA